UCGUUUCCUAUGCGCGUGUACAACGCGACCUCCAAUAAUGCUUCAGUUUGGCAGCACUCGAACGUGCUAUCGCUGUCUCUGCUUUUCUCUCGUCUUCCGUGGUUUUCCUUCCACUCACUGCACACUUUUGACGUUUAUUGUUUUUAAAACGUUUAGAGUCGGAUAGUUCGACGCAGUCGCCGACGAUGCUCCGCAAAUCCGAGUUAAGUGAUCCGGUUAGAGUUGGAAUGCUGCGUCCAUCAUUGUUCAAGACACAAGUCGUCGGCUCGGCAGGCUCAUCGAGCGGCGGCAGCAGUGGCGAUGACUUAACGAAACCAUCGAGUACGGCGGAUCCUGGCAAUAUAUUCCUGAAGGUUUUCGACGAGGAAGAUGGCAACGAAAGCAAGCGGGAGGCCACCGCCGAGGAAAAGAAAGAGGACUCCACGAAUAUUUUAAAAAAGAAUUGCCCAAACAUGUCGACCGUGGCUGCAACCACCAUUCCAUUGUCGGAUAAUUCAAGUUUUGUUUUUGGGCAGAAUAUUCACGAACGAGUUCUUGGGGAAAAUAUUCAAAAGCCAUCAUCAUCAGCUGAUUCUACUGCGGGAGCAAGUGCUGCGCCAAGUUCAUCCUCCGAUACAGGAUUGCUUUUUUCAAGUGCAUUAAAUAACGUGAAUAACGAUGGAGCAAAAUCUAGUACCCCAAAAGAAACGGACAGCAAGAGUUUGUCAGAAGUUGCUCGUGUCUACGAGGAAAGUCGGGCGCAAAAGCGGAAAUACGAUGAAGUGGAAACUUUUACCGGCGAAGAAGAGGAAAUUAAUAUUGUAGAAUUCAAUUGCAAACUCUUUGCAUUCAUAAAUGGUAACUGGGAAGAACGGGGUCGAGGUAUGCUGCGAUUGAAUGAUGCUAAGGACAGCAGUUGUUCACGUGUCGUGUUUCGUACCUCUGGAAAUUUACGUUUGCUGGUGAAUACUAAGAUAUGGCCGGAAAUGGUAUUACAACGACCAAGUCAAAAAUCGCUUCGUAUCACAGCAAUGGAUAAUAUGAACCAAAUAAAGAUAUUUCUCAUAAUGUCUCGGCCGGACGAUAUUACCCUCAUGCACGAUGCCCUCUUGGAACGAAUCAAUUCAUGUAAGAGAAAUAGCAAUGAGAAAAAUGAACAGAAUGGUGAUUCUAGCAGCUCGAAUGGCAAUAAAGAUUGUGAGGAUGAACCGAGUCCGAAAAAACCUACUCUAGUUGAUAAUUAGAUUUUAUUUGUGUAUCUUCUUUAAUAAAAAAAGAAUAAAACUUAAGAAGUAAUUCAGUAAUUUGUAUAUACAAUAUAUUUGGUAUACCUUC